AUUUAAAUUGACAAACGUUCAACCAGCAGUGGUGUUUUAAACUGUUAGGAUGAAGAAUAAUACUCAAAAAUCAAUCGAAGAAUUUAAUAUACCAGUUCCUUGGGGACAUAUAGCAGUAAAAUGCUGGGGCAGCAGUGAUAAUCCCCAUGUGAUUAUGGUGCACGGUACAUGCGAUAACGCAGGAACCUUCGACAAUUUAUUAGAGUUACUGACUGAUGGUUUUUAUUACAUUUGCAUGGAUUUGCCGAGCCACGGAAAAUCAUCGAGAUUUCCGCCUUUUCUACCCAUACAGUUCAUGGAUUUUGUGCUGCCGAUCAAAUUAGUUCUGGACUAUUUCAAACGAGAAAAAUACAUUUUUAUAGGCCACAGUUUGGGCGGGCAAUUGGGUUAUUUGAUCGCUCAAUUGUACCCCCGGUAUAUCGAGAAGAUUAUUUCGCUGGAUGCCACGCCGAUGUUUCAUUCUGUUAAUAGUUCCAAUGCUAUUAAGUACCUAAAGCGAAAGUUGGAUAAUAAUUUCGAUUUGUUAAUGGAUAAUAAACCGUCCACUGUCGAUUCUUAUGCGGAGAUAUUGGAGCAAUACCGAACUAAUCGAUACAGGGGUGAAAUUUUAACUGAAGCUGCAGCUAAACCUAUGCUCGAUAGAUGUUUGCAAACUACCGUUGAUGGAAAGUAUUACAUAACGACCGACCCCCGUAUGAAAUGGUUUAUCGAACCGCUCAGCGAUGAUCUGUACAAAUUGGGGGUGAUUAAAAACGAUCCUGUGAAUUGCCCUAUACUGAUAAUAUACGCAAAAUAUAAUUUUCUCACUAGAUUAAAAUACAGCAAAGUAGUGAAUGCGUUCCAUUCGUUCAAAAAUGUUAAAAUCGUGUAUGCUCUUGGAAAGCACGAUGUUCACAACAACAAACCCGAAUUUAUUGUUCAACAUAUUCACCAUUUCUUAAUCAAUACUAAAUCGAAAAUGUAGUUAAUUACCCUAAUAAGUUUAUAAAUUAAGAACACCCGUAAUAUUAACUAUCAGUCGGUGUUUUGUAAAGCGUUUGAAACGUAUUUAAUACUCAUACAAAGUAGUGCAUCUAUUAAAUCGCUAAUUUAAUAACUGCUUUCCUCCUGGAUGCUAAUUCGAUUUAGAUAAAUUUAUAUAUAUUACAAAAUUACGAUCUGAAAAUCCUCACGUCGGCAUAUCGUUGGAAAAAAGGACACUUAUAAGCGUUCAUUACAUUGAAAUAUGUCGUUAUUCAUGAGUAAAAGUAAUUAGUGGCGUUCUGCUUUUAAUUAGUACAACCGUCAAUUACUAUAAGUGUAUUUUCCUGUAAUAAAAAAUUAAACAUUUAAUACCAAGUAUAAUAGGCUGUCGAUUUUUGUGUAGGUAUUAUUACAUAAAAUAACACUGUUUGUAUAACUAUUAAUUGUGUUUAUUAAGUUAUUUAUCAAACGGCAUUAAAAGAGAAAGGC